UGGCGCGAGUAUUCAACGGAAUUUGAGACCCGCUGGAACUUACCACACUGCUGUGCAGCUAUCGACGGUAAACACGUAACCAUCACUUAUCCACCAAAUUCGGGAUCGAUGUUCUUCAACUACAAAAAGCAAUAUUCCAUAGUGCUGAUGGCAAUGUGCGACGCUAGUUAUAACUUUAUUGGCGUAGAUGUAGGAGCCUACGGCGGAAACGCUGACGGUAGUGUUUUCGCCAAUAGCGCAUUUGGACAUCGCCUGUUGCAUGGAGAGCUAAACUUACCUGACCCAGAUGCUUUACCCAAUGCGGAAGUAAUUCCGUAUUUUAUAGUCGGCGACGCCGCGUUCCCGCUGAAGCAAAAUCUGAUGCGACCGUAUCCAGGAAGGAACCUCGAAGAAAUACAAGAAAAUUUCAACUAUAGGCUGAGCAGAGCACGCAGGACAAUUGAAAAUGCAUUCGGUAUUCUUACGGCUCGUUGGAGGAUAUUGUUGGCACCACUUAAUUUGCAGCCAACGUCUGCUGAGAAUAUUGUCAAAGCCACAAUUGUACUGCAUAACUUUUUAAAACAUCAAGAUGGAAAUCUGUAUGCGCCACCAGUUUUUGUUGACCAAAUAGGGGAAAAUGGUGAAAUUAUCGCACCAGGUGCAUGGCGUUUAGAGGUUGACCCACUCGUUGGAAUAAAUGGCGAUUUUAUACAGCGGGGUCAUAAUUCGAGCAGAAACGCCUAUCACGUGCGAGAAACGUUAGCAAAAUACUUACAUGAAAAUCGAUUCCGUUAG